AGCGGGGCCUGCGGGGCUGGGGGGCUCGGGGGGCCGGGGGCAGCUGUGCCCUGAAAGCCGAGUCACCUGCGCGCUGCUACCUGCUGAAUAAUAGAGGAGCUGAGAGCCCGCGGGGAGAAAUGUGAUCCCGGGAGCCAGCCGGAGGAGACACCCGAGCUCAGGCAGCGGCGAUAGCAACUGCAGGCGCUGAGCCGUCCUCCGCCUGCUCCGGGGUGCCUCUGCCCGUCCUGGGGGCCUGGGCGGCCCCGGUGCCCACCGCAGGGGCAGGGGCGCAUUGCUCGGAGGAUGAUGUGAGCUGCAGCAGGCACCCAGAGCUCAAGGGCAGAGCUGGGUUUCCCCGGGAGGUGAGGCAGAAGGAGCCUGCCUGCAGCCAAGUGCCCGCGCCCUGGGUCCGGCAGCGCAGCCCCAUGUCCAGAGGAGGGGAGAUGGUUUAUAUCCCGGAUGACUCCGACUUCAGCUCCUUCAGGGAUCAGUGCGAGAGCCUGGAGGGCUGGCACUGUCGGUAUAACAAGGCUGGCGUGACCGUGUGGAGUCAGGGCCAGGAGGAAAGCUGCACUGUGCAGAAAAUCAAGACUCGCAUCUCCUGCAAGGACGUCCCUGCUGAGACACUCUAUGAUGUGCUGCACGACACCGACUACCGCAAGAAAUGGGACUCGAAUAUGAUCGAGACCUACGACAUCGGGCGCCUGACCGUGAAUGCUGACGUGGGAUACUACUCCUGGAAGUGCCCAAGCCCACUGAAGAACAGGGAUUUCGUCACCCUGCGCUCCUGGCUGCCCCUGGGCAAUGACUACAUGAUCAUCAACUACAGCGUCAAGCACCCGAAAUACCCCCCCCGGAAGGACUUUGUGAGAGCCGUGUCCCUGCAGACAGGGUACCUCAUCAAGGCGAACGGCGCCGGUGCCUGCGUCCUCUAUUAUCUCACCCAGGUGGACCCUCGUGGGUCGCUGCCAAAGUGGGUGGUGAACCGCGUCUCCCAGUUUGUGGCACCAAAGGCCAUGAAGAAGAUCUACAAGGCCGGGCUGAAGUACCCGGAGUGGAAGCGCAAGCACGACCCCGGGUACAAGCCCUGGGUGUACCCGGAGCAGAACACACUGCCCAGCGUCAGCCUGGCCGAGCUCUCGCUGCAGCACGCGGACUCGCUGGAGAACAUCGACGAGACCGGGCUGCCUGAGGACCACCUGAGCACCAGUGACCACGAGGCCUGAGCCCUAACCUCAUAGCGGGACCCCCUCAUGGCUGAGGCUUGGCAGCCGGGGGGGGAACGGGUGGGAAUUUGGCCCCCUGCACCCCAAUAGUCGUGUCUGCUCUCCAACUCCUUCAUCAUAGACCCCCCUAGCAGUGCAGCGAGGUACUGUCGCAUGGGAAAUGAUGUCCCCAUGCAGGACAUAGAGCUGGAAGCGGGAGUGGGUGCCCCAAGGAGAGGUU